ACACACGGUGAACGCUACGAUCACAAGAACCCCACACACCGAUUUAUGACUGCUGGUACCGAAACCUGAGCCAGUCGUCGGGCGUGCGGGGAAACAAGCACCGGUGCGCUGCUGGCUGCUGCCUCGGGGAGCAGGAGGAGAGCAUCAAUGCCUCCAGGUUCCCUCUCACAUAUCGGCCUGGAACUGCUCUUGUUAUCGGGCCUCCUGCGCUGAGAUAAUGAAAGGAUGGCCGAGCAGCGAUGCGGGGACCACGGAGGGCUGACGGAUGCUGCUGCGGCAGCGACUCACCGGGGUGAGCAGCAGCAUCACAACACGAUGAACACAACGGAGGAAGCGGGAGUGGAGACUCUCUCUUUGGAGGAGAUACUGAGGCUUUAUAGCCAGCCCAUCAAUGAGGAGCAAGCAUGGGCGGUGUGUUACCAGUGCUGCAGGACGCUGGCACAGGCACAUCGGAGCAGGAGAAGCUCUUGCGCCGCCGCCGGAGCAUCAUCAUCGGCGGCUCUGAGGAGGAUAUCCGGACCUGAGGAUGUGAGGAUACAGAAAGACGGGUCUGUGAGGGUGGAACACCAAGGCUGUGAAGGUAAAUACAGCCCUUGCACAACAACAGAGGUGAUUGAGUCUCUGGGCAUCAUGAUCUACAAGGCUCUGGAUUACGGGCUGAAGGAGAAUGAGGAGAGGGAGCUCAGCCCUCCUCUGGAGCAGCUCAUCGACCUCAUGACCAACAUGGCCGAGGCUGAGAGGGACGUCUGCCCCGAUGAAGGCUAUGAGGCCACAGAGGAAGAGGAUGAGGCGGAGGAUGACCCUGACAACAUCGCCAGUGUCCACGGUUACAGAGAUAUCCUCAAGCUGUGCACAGCUCAUUUACCCAGUCUGUCAGACGCCCACAGUCACUACCAGGCAGUGUGUCGGGCUCUCUACACAGAAACCAAGGAGCUAAAUACUUUUCUGGAGAAGAUCAGGAGUGCCAAAGAGAACCUCCGUAAGAUGGAGGAAGGGUCAUCGCAGGAUCCUGGCAGAGACUUGAAUGAGCUACAGAACGAUGACUGGGCAGUGAUUAAAGAACUUCUUGAGAUGGAUAGAACCGCUCCCCUUGAUGAACCGUCCUUAUUCUGUGUACACAGAGAGGCUCGAUUCUGGGUUCAGGUGAUGAGGGACCUGCGUGAAGGGGUCAAGCUGAAGAAGGUGCAGGAGCGCCAGUACAAUCCUCUGCCCAUAGAGUUCCAGCUCACCCCCUAUGAGAUGCUCAUGGAUGACAUCAGGUCUAAACGCUACAAACUGCGCAAAGUCAUGAUAAAUGGAGACAUCCCACCCAGGUUAAAGAAGAGCGCUCAUGAAGUCAUCCUGGAGUUCAUCAGGUCCAGACCACCUCUUAACCCUGUGUCAGCUCGUAAGCUGAAGCCACAGACUCAACCUCCUCCAACACUGCAUGAACGGAUCCUGGAGGAAAUCAAAGCGGAGAGGAAACUUCGACCGGUGUCGCCUGGUGAGAUCCGCAGGGGAAUGCUGGGUUUUGGCAAAACUCGCAGUAUGCCACAGGAUUUGUUCCGUACUGGAUUAGAUGAGUUUAGUCCAUACAUGGGCAGGAGGACAUCCAGCUCUCUGUCUCUGAUCAAUGGAUCAGCAUCUCCCAGGGUAGAACCCUCCGGAUCUCAGUCUGUACCUCAGAGGAAGAGGCUCCUGAAGGCUCCCAGCCUCGCUGAACUCGACAGCUCUGACUCUGAUGAUGAGGUUUUUGGGCGCAGAUCGGCCAGCAGCUCCAGUGUGGCUACAUCUAUGAUGGAUGAUACAUCUCCAGAGUGUGCCCUGGGGAAGAAAACUCCACCUAUGUUCCUGCCCAUCUCUUCUACACCUCAGCCAGAGAGGCGUAAGACCCCACAGAGGAGACACUCCAUUGAGAAAGAAACACCUACCAAUGUCCGACUGUUUCAGCCGCCCUCCAAGCAGAACUCCAAGUCUCUAAGCUCCAACCCUAUCGAGGCAUUUGUGUUGGGGUUGAUGAAGGCAGUUUUUGCUCUGUGCAGGGCCAUUUACAUCAGAGGACGAGAGUCAGCCAAGGAGGAGUUCUGUUUCCCUGUGGAGUGUCUGUCUCUGACAGUGGAGGAGGUGAUGCACAUCAGACAGGUGCUGGUGAAGGCAGAGCUGGAGAAGUUCCAGCAGUACAAAGAGAUCUACACCGCUAUGAAGAAGGGAAAGCUUUGCUUCUGUUGUCGAACCAAAAGGUUUUCCUUUUUCACCUGGUCUUACAUCUGCCAAUUCUGCAAAAAGCCUGUGUGUUCACAGUGCUGCAAAAAGAUGCGGCUGCCAUCCAAGCCUUAUUCCAGCUUGCCCAUCUACUCCAUUGGCUCGACCAACACUCUCCCCAGGGAGAGGAUACAUGCAAUGGCUGCCGUAGGACAGGCACUCUCUGUAGCUGGAGGGCCGGGGCCCUCAUCAGCAGAAAUGGCCAUGACAUCCCACACUCCGAAAGUAGAAACAACGGGAGCUUCUAAAGGAGCUGGAAAAGGAGCAGCUGCUGCUGCUAAAUCAGAGAAGCCCUCCGGUAGCCCACAGCGCCACAGCAUUCACAAGACCAUGUCAAAGUUUUCGAAGCACGGCUCUUUAAAGUCACAUGAAGAACUGGAGCUUCCCUCGGAGCUGACGGAGGACUGGGCCACCAUGGAGGUGUGUGUGGACUGUAAGAAGUUCAUACACGACAUCAUCGCCUCCAGCAAGCACAGCCUGUCACUGGCCACCAAGAGAGCUCGCCUAAAACGCAAGACCCAGUCCUUCUACCUGUCCUCCCCUAAAGGAAGGGAGGAGUACCGGCCCUCAGAACGAACAAUCAAGGAGAUCUAAAACUCUUUAUUUCUCUUUAUCUCUCUCUCUGGCUGCUUCCAGCUCCUACGGCACAAUUAUAAAGACUCAACACUGGAUUUGAUCUUACUGUUCAUGUAUACUUUUCAGACAGGUAAAGCUGUCAGAAUGGCUGAUAUAAACCUCAGUGGUGGACAGUGUGGUGUUUGUUGCUGUGUCCUGAUCAUCGUGUACAGCUCCCUCAGAACAGCAUACUGUAGAUCUGCCAAGUUUUUUUGUUUUUUUUUACCAUAUCAUAGAUGAUCCUUAAACCUCUGGCCACAGACUUUGAGCAAAGAAGCAAGAACUGUUGUGUUGACAAGUGUGUGAAUACAGAAAGACUUCCCUCCCCUCUGAUGACACAACAGCGUGGUCCAAUCCAACUCACAUCUAAUAAGCACAAGACAGAAGACGGACUGAUGUGUGUGUGUGUGUGUGACUUCCUCAGGCACUGGCACUACAGAAGACACGAGGCCUGCAGAGAGAUCAUAUUGUAACUGAGAGUGUCACUCAUGGAAUAUAAAACUGUACAUUUUGUAUGGGUUCUAAUUUAGUUUUUUACAUGUGUGUACAGUAAAUGAUUGUUCGAUGUCACCCAUUGUUUUAAUUUUUAUUUUCUGAUGAUGCUCAAUGAGACUUUCCCCCACUUUCCCCUUUAAUAAGCAUACUUGAACGCAUGCUUGCAUUUUUCUUGAGGAAUCAUCAGUUUUUGCAUCACAUUUAAAACAUUUUCACUGUUUUCAUGCAGAUUGAGUGCCAAAUAAUAUCAUCUGUCCAAACUAUUCAUCACCAAAAUAAAUAAUUUCCUCCGAUGUAUGUUUAUAGCGGUCUUGCAACAAAAUAAUUAGACAAACAGGGGCCGAGCCAGACUUACUAAAGCUGCUGAAAACGUGGUUUUAAAUCAAAAUCUCUCAAAUUGAGUCAAGACUAAAUAAUUAUCGAAGGGAGAAAUGCUCAGCUAAUCUGCUUCAUCAGGACUAUGUGGGUAAGAUUUGAUCAGAUUUGACUGACAGUGGUCUGAUACUGCAACAAAUACAGUACUACACUUCCAUAAAGUAAGGAGACUUAGAAAAGACAGAUUAUUAAAAGAAUGGGGAAAAUUUAAGUUUGUAGAGGCUGAGAUAUUUAAUCCCUUUUGUGUGUUUCUCAGUGCCCAUUGGUUCCAAUAUGGGUUAAGCUAAAACAGCAUUUCCCAUGAUUCAAAAUCCACAGCCCCAGUUGGUAGCACAGGCUUUCUGUUAUAAAUUUGAGUGACUCUCAAGUUCAAUUUAAACUAACCCUGAUGACAUCAUGAGGGGAACGACAGCAGAUGCAGACUGAGUACUACUCCCCAUGAACUGAUCGUCAUGUGUCAGAUAUGUGAAGUGACCCUUUAAGCAAACACUUCGAAAACUGUCGAUGCAAACAUUGCUAAAUCCUGAUUGGUGCAAAGAAGUAUAUGACAUCUCUGCAAACAAGUGAGAGAACAAAAAGCCCAGAAUUCUCACCUGUAAAACCAAAACUUUUCUAACUUUGACAGAAAAUGUGUUUAUGACAGACCCCAUCGCUGAUAGUAAGGAGUAGAUACAAAAAAAGGGUUUUGAGGCCCUUAAAGCACAUUUGUUAAAUCUCUCAGAUGUGCAGAGAAGCAGGAAUAUAAAAUGUUUGACCUCCAAUACCAUGUGUAUGAUUAGUCUUGCCUUUAAAAAAAUUUACAUGAACUAUCUCCAUAUUUUUGCAUUUGCAUUAAAUGUACAUUUGUGUUGAUAGAUGUAUAGUAUAUAUUUACUCAUCUAAUUUUCUUUACAUUAAGUUCUUGACUUGUAUUGUUUAUGUGUAAGGAGUAGUCAUAAUAAAACACCUCAUGUUUAUGUUUUUGUACAGAUGCACAGUUUAUGAAUUUAGCUCACUGCACAGGCAGCAAAAAAUGACACACUUUCAUGCUGUGCAGCACAUACUGUAAGUCUUAAUAACAUGCCUUUAUGGUUUACUUUCAUCAUUCAGAGUCUCAUCGGUGGGAAGAAAUACCUGACUUGUGGCCUGGAUGUUUAUUUUACUUUUCAUCACAUUCCUCAUCUUCCUCCUUAAGAUAUUUCUGCCUUAAGAAUUGCCUUUUAUGAUCACGCUCAUAUGUUGAACAGUCAUCUACUGUAACUGUACAUACUUUGUUUCUACUGGUUUGUUUGUAGAUCAGUUGUGUUGCCUCAAUGAUAUCUUGACAGUGAGACUGUUGUAGAUCUGUGUCUCUGAGAGGGAAACUAUUCCAGUACAGUGUGUUUAGGGGAGGAGUGAGAAGUCCACAGAAGAAACCUCACAGUUUGACAGCAUCAUGCAUGUACUACGGUGUAGCUUGUACCCUCAGUCUGUAUUACCUUUAAGAUGUAACUCCCUGCAGAGAGUGCAACAAAUGAUGACUACAACAAUAAACUAUAAUGCAAUACCUGA